CUUUCCCAAACAAGGCCAAAGAAAAAAUAAAACCUCACAGAGACCAUCUUGGUCAGAAGAAGGGUUUAGGGCAGCAUACGGAGUGAGAGAUAAGCAGGGAAAUGUUAGGGAGGAGACUAAUUUCCUUGUUCAAAAGCUCCCCAACGUCACAGCUUUCCAGCUCUGCAAAGUCUGACUAUGAAGGGAAGGGCAAGUGGUUCGGUCGAAAGGCAGUGACUUUUGUUUUGUUUACUGUAACGGGUGGCGUUGCUUUGAGUGCUCUUGAUGACCUUUUUAUAUAUCAUAGCUGUAGCAGCAAGGCCUUGGAGAAAGCCAUUAAGAACCAGGCAGUCAUAGAUGCCAUUGGGGAACCUAUUGUAAAGGGUCCAUGGUACAAUGCAUCACUUGCUGUAGCUCAUAAAAGACAUUCUGUGUCUUGCACAUUUCCCGUGUCUGGACCACAAGGCUCGGGAGUCCUCCAGGUGAAGGCAGUUCGUGAUGGAGACGACUCCUGGUUUUCAUUUCUCAGGCCUCGUGAUUGGGACAUCCUAAUCAUGGAUGCUCUCCUCCAUGUUCCUACCAAUGAUGAGAAGCAUCAAACAUUGAGAGUUACUCUUUCUGACUUCCCUCCUGCAGCUUGUACGCCGUACACCGACUGCAAACCUCAAGAAUCAGAGGAUCCAGAGCAGAAAUGAAAGUCAUAUUCUGCUGAUUAUUGUAACGUGUUUUUUUCCAUUUGAAUUCUGUACUCACAUGAGUUUCCUCCACUCCGAGAUUGGUAAACCGAACUGAGUGGCUUUUCAUUCUUGAUAUGUUUAUGGAAUAAGUUUUGUGAAAUUUUUGUUAUAUGUUGGCAUGUAAUGCAACAAAAUGAAAUGAAAGAUCCAAUUUUUUCUUAUUGUUUUA